AAGCGUUCCUGUUCCUCAGCUGGAGAUCAAUGGAAGCGAGGGCAACGUAUGGAUACAGCCGAUGUGUACAGGAAUGGGCUGCUGAGGUAUGACGGCAGGUCGGACAUGCACGCCGAGCCGACUGGAACAGUGUGAGACCACAGAUGGACGCCCUGUGUAAUGGAGCCAAGAAACCUGAGGGCAAUGAUCUCCAUGUAGACCCGCGGCCCCCUCCUGCCAAGCUGGCGCGACUGGAACAAAACGGAGCGGGACCCUCGGCCCAGGAGAGGAGCAGGCAGGGGAGCCCUGUGCCCAAAAACCCCUGUCUGGCCCAGAAACCAACCACAGUGAGGCCACAGAGCAAGAGCUUGCACAGCAGAGGGAGCCUGCUGCCAGUGUUCUGUGUGGUGGAGCACAAGGAAAGCCCUCUGGAAAGAGACAGGAGAGAAGAGCAUGCUGAGUUUGUGUUGGUCAAGAGAGAUCUGCUGUUUAACCAGCUGAUAGAGAUGGCCCUGCUGACGCUGGGCUACUCGCACAGCUCUGCUGCACAGGCCAAAGGUCUGAUCCAGGUGGGCAAGUGGAACCCGGUGCCUCUGUCCUGUGUGACAGACGCUCCUGAUGCCACAGUGGCUGAUAUGCUGCAGGAUGUUCACCAUUGUAUCACCCUUAAGAUACAGCUGCACAGUUGUCCCAAACUGGAAGACCUGCCAGCUGAGCAGUGGAGUCACUCGACAGUGAGAAACGCUCUGAAGGAGCUCCUAAAGGACAUGAAUCAGAGCACCCUGGCCAAGGAGUGCCCACUGUCCCAGAGUAUGAUAUCAUCUAUUGUAAAUAGCACUUACUAUGCAAAUGUGUCAGCUGCCAAGUGUCACGAGUUUGGUCGUUGGUACAAGCACUUCAAGAAGACCAAAUGCUUCAAGGAGAUUGACAGCUUCACCGACCAGUCCACACAUAUCACCCUCACCCAGCAGCCAAUCACAAGUAGCCCAGCUGAUCCGAGCUCCACCCUUCUUUUCUCUCGCGGAGAAGUACCCAACAUAUGUGGCCGCCCCCCACUCGGCCGCCGCCCUCACGGGUUGGUGACCCAGCCUCUCAGCUCCCAAAUGGUCAACCAGCAGCUUGUGAUGGCUCAGUUUCUCAACCAGCAGUAUGCUGUUAGCCGCAUGCUAGCUGGCCAGGGUCUCUCACCGUCCCCACAGCAGUAUCUUAACCAUCCACCUGUCGGGAGGGCUCCCGCCAAGGUCUUCUCCAAGACCCCUGAUUCUCAAGCCCCGCAGCAGGCACACUGCGGCCCGGGGGGAGGCCCUGCAGCCACGCCGCCAACCCAGACAACGGCUGGGUCGUCUGUGGGGCCAUCAGACGUGCCAAGUGACAUCUAUCACUGUGUGAGGGAGGAACUGAAGAGGGCGGGCAUCUCCCAAGCCAUCUUUGCCCGGGUGGCCUUUAACAGGACCCAGGGCCUGCUGUCAGAGAUCCUGCGGAAGGAGGAGGACCCUAUGCACGCCUCCCAGUCUCUGCUGGUCAACCUGCGCGCCAUGUACAGCUUCCUGCAGCUCCCCGAGGCUGAGAGGGAGCGCAUCUACCAGGAGGAGAAAGACCGAAGCCUGAUUGGAUUCACCCCCAGCUGCAAUAACACGCCACCGAGACCCACACAGGCGAGACUGUCCCCAGUCGCAGGAGACAGAGGGUUGAGGACAGACAGUUGUGUUCUCAAUGUGAGCGCUGCUAUCUAUGACGAGAUUCAGCAUGAGAUGAAGAGAGCCAAGGUGUCGCAGGCUCUGUUUGCGAAGGUGGCCGCCUCCAAGAGUCAGGGCUGGCUGUGUGAGCUGCUGCGAUGGAAGGAAGACCCCAGCCCAGAGAACCGGACCCUGUGGGAGAACUUGUGCAUGAUCCGCCGGUUCCUCAGCCUGUCCCAGACUGAACGAGACGCCAUCUAUGAACAGGAGAGCAGCAACACGACAGCACAGCAGCACUGCACAGACAGGCUCACGCUGCUCAGCAGUGACAAUGCACUGUAUCAACGCAACUCACCGCUGCCACAGCAACAUCAUCUUCAACCCCAUCAGCCUCUGCAGCCUGAGGCAGGGCCUCACCUGUCUCCACGGCAACCAUGUGCCGCAUCACCGGCCGAGUCUGAGGCUGGGGGCAACUGGGGGCAGAUGAGAAUGCGUUUGCAGGGGAGGGGUAGCAGUAAUGGUGAGAGAGGGGACAAUAAGGACUGGGUUGAGGGGGGGCGAGGAGAGAGGAGCAGUUUGGGAGGGGACUGGUGUUGUACUGUGAGGGUGAGGGACAAGGGUGCAGAGAGCAAGGAGCAUGUGAGGGAUGGAAAUGUGGGUGAGGACAGGAUUAAUGAGACCGCUGGAGACAGUGAGGAGGGCAGGGUUAAGGAGAAUCUCACUAUGAAGUGGCCUGGUGUGAGGGAUGAGGACCGAGGAGGGGCUGGGGUUUGUUCAGAGGCGGAUAACGAGGCCCGUGGUGGAGAUGAGGUCGAAGGUGAGGGGCUGAGAGUGUCCCACGAAGCGCUGGGAAUCCUGCAGAGCUUCAUCCAGGACGUGGGCCUCAACCCAGACGAGGAGGCGAUCCACACCCUGUCGGCUCAGCUGGGCCUGCCCAAACACACCAUCCGGAGAUUCUUCAACAGCCAGGACCACGACCAACAUCAGCUCGGCAGCCAGAGCCCGAAACACGGUCGAGACAGGCGGCGUGGCCGCACAGAGCCAGACCUCUCCCACACAGAGAUAACUGCAGAGGAGCAGGAGGAGGGAGGUGAUGGGAAGACUGACGCAGAAGGAAAGGAGGAGGAGAAGCUAACAGGAAAUGAAGGGAGCGAGAUAACAGUUUUGAAAGAAUCAGACGUUGGCACUCAAACCAUUCCCCCUAUGAAGGAGGAGCAGGAGAGCUACAUCUGACCAAGAGACAUAGCGCGGGUGACUCACAGAGGUUUGGUAUCGGAGGGUUAUAAAGGUGCGCGUCCUUAAAUGCUGUGGAAAGACUAA